GAGCAUAUCCGCAAUCGCUCUUGUCAAACCGCGGGUACGGGUUGUCUGCUGGCUGCUGUUGUACGGCUACGGGCAUCUUCGCUGAACAAGAAGGUUUUUGUGCUAGGCCUUUUUCCUCACCAUUCCUUUUGCGCUGGGAGGUAUUUUACCGCUGCCAGCCAGAGUGCACAAUGGAUACACAAAGAGAUGCGUUCUGCCGCGGCGGUUAGGCCUAAUCGUCCUCACCGAAGCCUGUGUUAUUGUGAAACUUAAAAUUCUGCAACUACGCUCAGCACAGACAGCGAUUACAACGACCAGUGGCGGUUGUGGUGUUUGGAUAAUUUGUAGGUUUUCCCACAAAUGGCGCUAGUGUGCCGCAAUCAGCGGUAGUUUCGGUUGAACAAAGAAGUUAAGCCUAUUCCGGUGUUUUUACGUGGCUCUUAAAUAUUGAUGUGAUUAAUCAUGUAUCCAGCCCGCCAUCCUGGCCCCCCGCCACAGCCAGGUCAACCGUUUAAGUUUACGGUGGCCGAAUCUUGUGAUAGGAUAAAAGAAGAAUUUUCCUUCUUACAAGCCCAGUAUCAUAAUUUAAAAUUAGAGUGUGAAAAGUUAGCUAGUGAAAAAACAGAAAUGCAAAGGCAUUACGUAAUGUAUUACGAAAUGUCUUACGGCCUCAAUGUUGAGAUGCACAAACAGACAGAGAUUGCCAAAAGAUUAAAUGCCAUCAUAGCACAAAUUUUACCGUUCCUAUCUCAAGAACAUCAGCAGCAGGUGGCAGCUGCGGUGGAAAGAGCGAAGCAAGUCACCAUGACGGAGCUAAAUGCCAUUAUUGGGCAACAGAUGCACGCCCAGCAGCUCCCUCCACACGCCCACGCGCCGCCCCUGCCCAUGAUGCCCCACGCGGCCGCCAUGGCGGGGCUCCAGCCCCCCACCCUCCCCCCGAGCAGCGCAGCCGGUCUGCUCGCCCUCUCGAGUUCCUUGGCCGGGGCUGGCCCCGCCGCCCACCUCUCUGCGGCCGUCUCUUCGGCAGGGGCGCUAAAGGACCACAGAGACGAAAAACGAUCCAGUUCCGUUUUCUCUGUGCGCACCUGGCUCAACGAAUGCCAAGCGGUUAAAACCGCAGAAUCGAGCCCAACACAUUCUCAACCGCAAUUGGCUCAUAGCUCCGAAGACAGACACGACAUGGCCACAGCCCUCCUGAACAUGCGUGCUAAAACCCUUCUGGCUGCUGAGCGAAAUUCCAUAUCCCCAAACGACAGAGAAAAAUUUAGGAGAUCACCUGAUGUUGAUCAUGAACUUAAAAAAAGGAAAAAAGAAGAAAAACUUAACAUGGACAGUGAUGGUGAAAAAAGUGAUCAAGAACUUGUUGUAGAUGUUGCAAAUGAGGAUUCUGUUGGUCCUCCCAAUGGUGCUCCCAGUCCUCGUGAAAAUGGUACCGAUAAAGUAGUGAAAAAAGAACAUGGCUCUCAUAGCCCGCACAGUAGUAUCUCGUCCAAUGCCAGUACUCCUUCAUCAAAGCACAAAGAUAAUGAAAAGUCGACUACCCCAGUUCCAAAAUCUGUUACUCCUACCAGUUCUGGUGGCAGUACCCCUGGUUCCAGUGGUAUCAAGUCUCUUCCUAAAGCACCCCCUUUGGGUCCUACUUAUCCAUACCCUCUUCAUGGUCCUGCAGCCCAUCCAGGUCUUCCUGCUGAUCUCAGUUCGAGUGCAGCUGCCUUCUCUCAGGGAGUCCUCCAUAGCAAUAUGUCACCUGCCCUUAAUAACUACUCGAGGACUUUGGUUGGUUAUGACCCUCAUCCUUCUAUGCGAGCUCCAGCAUUUGGCGCCAUUUCUGGUGGAAAACCGGCAUACUCCUUUCAUGUGAGUGCUGAUGGUCAAAUGCAGCCUGUCCCCUUCCCUCCUGAUGCCCUAGUGGGCUCUGGAAUACCCAGGCAUGCCAGACAGAUCAACACGCUGAGCCAUGGCGAAGUUGUGUGUGCCGUCACCAUUUCAAAUCCUACCAAAUACGUCUACACUGGAGGAAAGGGUUGUGUAAAAGUUUGGGACAUUAGUCAACCAGGAAGUAAAAGUCCUGUUUCACAGUUAGAUUGUUUGCAAAGAGAUAACUACAUCAGAUCAUGCAAGUUGUUACCAGAUGGUCGAACACUUAUUGUUGGAGGUGAAGCUAGUACAAUUUCAAUUUGGGAUCUUGCUGCACCCACCCCAAGAAUUAAAGCAGAGCUGACAUCAAGUGCCCCUGCUUGCUAUGCCCUUGCCAUUAGUCCUGAUUCGAAAGUGUGUUUCAGUUGUUGCAGUGACGGUAACAUUGCAGUUUGGGAUCUGCAUAAUCAAACUCUAGUCAGGCAAUUUCAAGGCCAUACUGAUGGUGCCAGUUGCAUUGAUAUAUCUAGUGAUGGAACAAAGUUAUGGACUGGUGGUUUGGACAACACUGUGAGAUCUUGGGACUUAAGAGAGGGUCGUCAGUUACAUCAGCAUGACUUUAGCUCUCAAAUCUUUUCCCUUGGUUACUGCCCAACCGGUGAAUGGCUGGCAGUUGGCAUGGAAAGUAGCAAUGUUGAAGUUUUGCACUGUUCGAAGCCUGAUAAAUAUCAACUGCAUCUUCAUGAGAGCUGUGUACUUUCACUUAAAUUUGCAUCUUGUGGGAAAUGGUUUGUGUCUACUGGUAAGGACAACCUCUUAAAUGCAUGGCGCACACCGUAUGGUGCAAGCAUUUUCCAGUCCAAAGAAUCAUCUUCAGUGUUGAGCUGUGACAUAUCAUCUGACGACAAGUACAUCGUCACCGGAUCGGGUGAUAAGAAAGCCACAGUGUACGAAGUGAUUUACUAAGAAUUCAUUCCUUUUGUGCAGUGAUCUCUAUGCAGACAUUCCUACCACUUGUGGAAUCGAACACGGGAACGGGAACCAAAAGUUGUGUUGUCUAAGAUAGUUUAAUUGCUAAAGUUUUAAAAAAAUGUUGCGAGUGAACUGUUUAUGUCAAGGACAUCUUGUUUGGCGAAUCCUCAAUGGAUGUGAAGAAAAAUCAAUGUGGUCCAAUUGUGCUUCAAAGACUGGAUGUGAUGCUUUGGAUCGAGGAAGUUGCCCGAGUAGACUUUUUGAAAGAUUGCCUUCAAGAUUUGUUGUAGGCAUUGUACAGUUGGCCGUUCGAUUGCAUUUUCUACAAAGGAGGGCCAGAAAGAGUUUCUUGUUUGUUUAGCCUUUCGAGAGUGGUCCAGUUUUCCUAUGUGAUUUCUUUUUAUCAUCGUGAAGAUAAGACAUGACAAGGACCGAACCUUAAGGACAGAAAUCCCGCAGCUCUUGUUUCCUAAUCAAGGACAGAAGUUAUUUUUUCCUAUCUUAAACCAGAGACAUGAGAGUAAUAAGAGUUGUUUCAUUGUUUAGGGGUUGCACUCAGGGUCAAGAAGCAAGCUGUUAGAAAUCUGUCACUUCUUGCCAUAAAUUACUUUUUUUGUUUUGUUAUUAUUUCUGCUGUGGAUCUGUUAUUACAUUUCAAUAAUUGGAAAUCUCUUGUUUUUUUCUGAAAAAGGAAGCAACCAGGACAAAAAUUUUCAGUUUUUCUCUAUAUAAUAUAAACUCAGGUACUUGUUCAAAUUCACAUGUUCAUUAAAUUGAUAAUUGUAUUUCGCCUGAAACAAUACAACUUUCGUGAUCAAAAAUUUACUAUAUGGAAAAUAAAAACAUCCUUAUGUUAUGAAAUACAAAAAUAUUAGUUUCUAUUGUAAAACAUUGCUUGAAUUUUUUAAAAUUUCUGUAUGAAAUUUUUAAGUUUUUAAAUUAAGGGCAACGACACUGAACUGGAAAGUAAAUUGAAAUAUUAAAUUUUUAAACUCAGUUUAUUUCUUGGAAAAUAAUAACAACAAUAAUAUUAAAAUAAUUAGAGAGAGAGAGAGUGAAAAACCAUUUUGUAAUUUUUUGUUACUUUAAUAUUUUUCUUUUUCUACUUUGUUUUAUUGCAACCGAAGUUAUUUAGGUAUUUUUUUCAUAUUUUAUUGUUUUUUUAUAAAAUUAGUAUUAAUUUUCAAAAAAAUAAAGUUUUUGUGG